AUGUCCUCAGCAGACACGACACCCAUCACCGCCGCGCGCUUCGCCGCCGCCCUGCAGGACCUGUCCCUGCCCCUCCUCCACCUCAAGGUCCGCGAGAUCAACAACGCCAUCGCCAAGCUGCAGUACUCCAACGACCAGCUGCUGCCCUUCACCAAGGAGCAGCAAUCCGCGGAGGGCAUCACCUCGCCGCCCGACCAGGACUGCGUCGAGGCCAUCGCGGAGAACGAGGGCGUCAUCGAGCGCAUGAAGGAGCGCCUGGCCAUCAUCUACAUCGAGGUCGUGGAGAAUCGCGGCGUCAAGUGGGAGGAUCUAGGCAAGAGCGGCGAGGAGGAAGAGGAGGAGCCGAAGAAGAAGACGGAGGAGGAGGAGGUGAUGGGUGUGAAUGGCGAGGGGGAGGGGGGGAGGGUGUCGGCGGCUUGGACGGACGGCACGUUCCAGACGGGCACAAUACGAAACGGCGAGGUGCGCCUGGAUGCCCGCCCGGGGGUGCGUGGGAGUGGAGGAGUAGAGGAGGCGCCGGAGGAAGAUGGGGGCUUGCAUCUGUGA